AUUGAUUACAAGAAAAAUGUGACACUACCGCGCUCCCUCCGAUUACUUGGGAAUGGAAUAAUGUGAAAGACUUCAUCCUUCUUAAAGGUUACAUCUUGUCAGGGUGAGAAUGCAAAACGGUGGCCGGUAAAGAGCACCCUGCCUCUCAGAUAUGCCCAGGCGGGGGCUUCCUCUGCAGGGACGGGCACGCUGGCUUCUUCUGGGGAUAUUUUUGCUCUUGGUACUGCUGAUGUUUGCUUACCUGCUGGAGUGCACGCCGCCUGCGGAUGUAAGCCAGGUGCUGCCAGGCCUGGGAGGAGAUCCAUAUGGAAAGGAGUAUUACCAGGCCCUCCAGCAGGAGCAGGAAGAGCGGCAUCUCAGCCGAGCGGCCAGCCUCAAGAGACAGAUCGCGCAGCUCAAACAAGAACUCCAAGAGAUGGGCGAGAAACUGAGAGUGCUUCAAGAAAAAAAGGAGGGUCCCGGACCGCAGAGCCUGAUUGAUGGCAGAGAUCAAGAGCCUGGUGACCUCUUGGAGUACUUGCACUCACAAAUCGACAAGGCAGAGGUGAACACAGGAGCGAGGCUGCCGAGCGAGUAUGCACUGGUGCCCUUCGAGAGCUUCACCACCACAAAAGUGUACCAGCUGGAAAUGGGUCUGACACGCCAUCCUGAGGAGAAGCCUGUGCGGAAGGACCGGAGGGAUGACCUGGUGGAGGUGAUAGAAGCAGGUUUGGAUAUUAUUAAUAACCCAGAGGAAGAUGACGGACAGGAGGACAACAUCCCCAUGCAGAGGCAGACGUUCACUGAAAGCCAUUUUUUUGAAGGACUCUACAGAACCGAGAGGGACAAAGGCACACUGUAUGAGCUCUACUUCACUAAAGAGAAUUCUCAUGAGUACCGUCACGUCACCCUCUUUCGUCCGUUCGGGCCCCUCAUGAAAGUGAGGAGCACGUCUGUAGACACCGCCAGCACCGUCAUUAACAUCAUAGUGCCGCUGUCAGGCCGCACUGAAGGCUUUGUUCAGUUCUUGCACAACUUCAGGGAGGUUUGUAUACAGCAGGACAAGCGGGUGCAUCUCACAGUGGUGUAUUUUGGGCAGACAGGCUUGCAGGAGGUGAAGGCGUCUCUGAGGAAAAUGUCCAGUGAGGAAAACUUCAGUAAAUACACUCUGAUCCCUGUGGAUGAGGAGUUUUCGCGUGGCCGUGGUCUGGACAUUGGAGCUCACGCGUGGGAGCAGGACGAGGAUGUGUUGAUGUUCUUCUGUGAUGUUGACAUCUACUUCACACUGGACUUUCUUAGCACCUGUCGUCUCAAUACAGCUCCAGGCAAACGAGUUUUCUAUCCGGUGGUUUUCAGUUUGUACAAUCCAGCUAUAGUUUAUGGAAAUCUUGAGUUUCCGCCCCCCAUUGAGAAUCUGCUGAUUCAUAAGAAAGAUGCCGGAUUCUGGAGGGAUUUUGGAUUUGGCAUGACUUGUCAGUAUCGCUCCGACUUCCUCAGCAUUGGAGGAUUUGAUCUGGAAGUGAAAGGCUGGGGUGUAGAAGAUGUGCACUUGUACAGGAAGUAUCUACGGAGUGAUCGGAUUGUGAUCCGCACGCCUGUAUCAGGCCUCUUCCACCUGUGGCAUGAGAAGAUGUGUGCAGAUGAACUGACCCCAGAACAGUACCGCAUGUGCAUCCAGUCCAAGGCCAUGAACGAGGCGUCACACUCUCACCUGGGCAUGCUGGUGUUCAGGAAAGAGAUCGAGACUCACCUUCGAAAGCAGGCCUACAAAACCCAGAGCAGACCAGCAGAAUGAAUUGGCUACAGAAACACCAAUACAGAGCACAACUUUGUUGACAUAACAAUGAAGAAAUAGGUAAAAUUGACAUUUUUGGUAUUAUUUGAACAACAAGUCAAUUCUAAAUAAUAACCUAUGGAUUACAGAAGA